CAAAACGUGCAGAUGGCGGCGGAAACUAUAAUUGAAACAUUAAAAUCACCAACCAAAAAGAAAGUCAUGGUCAUAGAUGGUUAUAUUUAUUUUCUCUGAAGGCAUGAGUAUUCAAUACGAAUUCAGAAUCAUGUGUCUUUAUAGAAUACAAAGAAUCGUAUAUUGAUUUGUGCGAAGAAUGGAUCUGACCCACGCUCAAAGAGUUAGGAUGCUUUAUAAAACUAUUCUGAGGUUGCAUCGCGGUCUCCCAACAGAAUUACAAGUGAUGGGAAAUAGUUAUACAAGAGAUGAAUUCAAAAGACACAAGACUUGUAACAUUUCCGAAGCAUCUGUAUUUAUGGUGGAAUGGGCUAAAUAUGCUGUAACUCUGGCACGACAGCUAGGUUUGAAAGGUCCAAAGUAUGCAAAGAAGCUUGGUGAAAGCCUGGAUGAGAACAAACUUGAUCAAAUGCGUGAAGAUCAACUUAACCAACUGUAUGAACUAUUUCUGGCUGCACAACAGGAUCAUACAGAAGGCAAAGAUGAAAAAAUACCAUGACUGAAGUUAACAGACAUUAGAAUACCAAGUACAUUUAUUUAUAGAAAUUAUAGGAAUACCUAGUAUUGUGUGCCAUGUUACCAAACUAACAUUGUCGCUGUGACCACAUUUUUCUGACUACCAUGAAGAGAACGAAACCUGCUACUUCUUCCCAUAUAGGUAAUGAGCCUCAGCAUAUUAUGACUAAAAUAUGAGUAGAGUGGUUAACACAACUGUAAAGUAUCAUUCAAAGUAGAAACCUUUUGAGCUCAGCUACUAAAUCUGUCUCAAAUGAUUCUGUAGAGAAUAACAAACUGCAUUACCAACUCAAGAUUAUUCUAUUUGGUAGACUGGAUUACACUGUCUUAUUGGGAGGCCAAACUUGCUUUAUUUCUUUAGCAUUAGUCAUGGUGGACUACUUUAGUUUAAGCUGUUUUUAUGAGAAAAUCCAAACCCAUCUCAUUAAGUAAAAUUGAUAAGACUGUCUGCCAGUAGACUUAUAAGAUACCUUAAACUUGUGAAUCAUUAAUGGUUUGAUUAGUUUUCUAUCAUUUUCACUAAAACACUGAGCCAUUUUGGGUGUCAGUCACUUCAUCAAAGGCUUUUUCUAUCUAGACCUGAUGUAGCAUGUACACACAAUAUCUAUCUUUAACCAGAGAGAUAUGAAUGUUGCAUACAUUAGCCAUUACAACAUGGCUUUGUACAGUGUUAUAUGCUACUCACUUUUGGUAGAUUGAUUCAUAAGUUAUUUAAUGACAGUGUAUGAACUGCAGAGAAUUAUCAAAAUGAGACAUGAGAAGUAAAUGUUGCUUAUUUCAUGGUAUGAGUCUGGCAUGAUGACUUUCAGAUGGGAUUUGAAUGAAGUACCUCCUGAUGAGAUACAUAUAAUAUUAAUGGACACUGGAAUUCACAUAUAACAAAGCAACUGGGAAUGGCGCAGUUGUACGCUACAAGGCUUUAUGAAGAAAAUGAUGUAUAGACCAAAAGUGUUGCACAUUUUUCAGUAUCUUUUGCCUUUGAAAACAUUUAUAGAGUAAGUCAUCACAGAACCACACUGUGUGGGUAACAUCUGUGUUUCAUGCUGGCACAUAUGUUAACUGUUCCUCUUUCAGACAUAAAUAAUGGAUUUUGCAAUAGCUGGUACAAUGGUAAUCCUCCUUACAUGAAUAAGUAAACUCAGUGUAUAAUUCAUAUUUUGUGAUAAUUUUUACUCUUCUGCAAGAUAUUUUGUUCCUAAAUAUUUUAUACUUGUAAAUAUUAUACAUUAAUGAAAAUAACAGUGUGUCAAUGGCAUGAAACCAUGGCUUACAUCUUAAUGAGAAUAUUAAAAAAAGUAUUUUGAAUCUUUUAAAUUGUCAAUAUGAAUAAAGGAACAGUGUUUCAAAUGACA